AUGGGUUUCACUAUAGCGCGCUCAAGCUUUAAUGAAAGCUUGAUUGUCAUCGCUGUCGGUGGAGCUGCCGCACUGUACUUCAAGCCAGAAUAUGCCAUCGGUAGCUCGAGACCAGUCACAGCUGUCAUUCUUGUGAUCUUAAUCACAUUAGCUAAGAUCAUCUACGAAUUGUUCCUUUAUCCUAAAUUUUUUACUCCUCUAAUAGGAAUACCAACGCCAGCUGACUGGCACUUCCUGAAAGGGAACGGCAAUACAGGCUUGGUUGAUACACCACACGACCUCAUUCGAGAAUGGGCCCAAACAAUCCCCAAUAAUGGACUCAUUCGUUAUUAUAUUGUUGGUCAAAUUGAAAGAGUGGUUCUCACAGAUCCCAAGGCCUACAGUGAAAUACUGGUUACCAAGGCUUACGACUUUGUGAAACCAGAAGUUGCUCGGCAACAACUGCGACGGGUCGUUGGCGACGGUCUACUUCUUGCUGAAGGAGAUGAGCAUAAGUUUCAAUGUAAAAACUUGAUGCCCGCCUUCGCAUAUCGCCAUAUUAAGGAUCUCUAUCCCAUAUUUUGGGCAAAGAGCAGUGAAAUGGUGAAACUGAUUCGACGUGACCUGGAAGCCAGAGAAUCAACUGAAGACAACACGAUUCAGGUACGUGGUUACGCAAGCCGGGCAACUCUCGAUAUUAUUGGUCUGGCCGGUAUGGGCCACGAUUUCGACUCGCUGGAAAACCCAGACAAUGAUCUCUAUCAGUCCUAUCGGGCAAUCUUCACUCCAGGAGACGCUUUUGCUCGAAUCUUGUUCAUGAUCGGCAUGUUAAUUUGCGACAUGAGACUUGUUCAGAAGCUUCCUACCAAGCGCAACCGGGCAAUUACCAAAGGCAGGGAAGUGAUCAGUCGGGUUGCACGGCAGAUGGUGCGAGAAAAGAAAGCCAAAAUGGAGGACCCAAAAGCAGAUGCUGGUAUUGAUAUUAUCUCGGUAGCAAUGACGAGUGGUACAUUUGAAGAGGAGAACCUUAUCGAUCAGUUAAUGACAUUCCUCGCUGCUGGCCACGAAACCACGUCUGGUGCUCUUCAGUGGUGCAUUUAUGCCUUAUGCAAGAAUCCCAAAGUCCAGGAUCGUCUCCGUGAAGAGGUCCACGCUAAUCUCCCUCCUAUCAAUGUCGAAAACCCUGAACCGAUCACUGCCGGUGCCAUCGACGAUAUUUCUUAUCUCAACGCCGUCUGUAAUGAAGUCCUGCGUUUCUAUCCCUCUGUUCGAAAUACAGUUCGUGUCGCAGUCAAGGAUACUUCUAUACUGGGUCAACCAAUCCCCAAAGACACAUUUUUGAUCCCUUCAGUCGAUCUUCUCAAUCAUUCACCUGAGUUGUGGGGCCCUGAUGCAGACAAAUUCAAUCCCGAUCGAUGGAUGGCACCUGGUCAGGCCAACACUGGUGGUGCUACCAGCAACUACGCGUUCAUGACAUUCCUUCAUGGACCACACAGCUGUAUUGGUCAAUCUUUCUCUCGAUCCGAACUUGCCUGUUUGCUUGCCGCUGUUGUGGGAAGCUUCAAGUUUGAGUUUAAGUAUCCAGAUGCCGAAUUGAAACUGCGCAGGGCUGCAACUGUUACACCCUUGGAUGGUGUCUUGGCCAAAUUCACUCCUUUAGAAGGCUGGUAA